ACCCUAAAGAGACCAAAGCACUUGAAACGCUCUGUUAUAAAUACUCUUCCCUAAAAACCCUUUCUUCUCUUCUUCCAUUCUUUAGCUGUCAUAAACCCUAAAAAAUCCUAUCUUUUUCACACUUAUCAUCCUCGAUUCUUAGCUAUGGAGUUCUGGGGUAUUGAAGUUAAACCAGGAAAGCCAGUUAAAGUGACUCCUGAAAGGCACACACUUAUCCACGUUUCUCAGGCAUCACUUGGAGAAUGUAAAAACAAGAAGGAAGAGUUUGUGUCUGUACAUGUAAAGGUUGGUGACCAGAAACUUGUCAUGGGAAACCUAUCAACUGAGAACAUCCCGCAGCUUUUCUGUGAUUUGGUAUUCGAGAAAGAGUUUGAGCUUUCUCACAACUGGGGCAAAGGAAGUCUUUACUUUGUUGGAUACACAUCUCCCAACAUUGCAGAUAAUGAUGGAGAAGACUUUUCUGAUUCAGAGGAAGAAGAGGAAGAGGUUGAAGAAGUCCCUGCCACCAUUACCGCUAAUGUUGCAGGGAAUCCAAAACCAAAGGCCAAGCCUGCACAAGUGAAAAAGAAUGCAAAGCCAGCCGAUGGAAUGGUUGUUGAUGAGGAUUCAGAGGAAGAAGAAGAGACACCUACACCUAAGAAGCCUGUAUCAAGCAAGAAGAGAGCAAAUGAAGAAGCCCCUAAAACACCUGUGUCAUCAAAGAAGGCGAAAGUAGCAGUUACUCCUCAGAAAACAGAUGAGAAGAAGAAGGGUGGAAAAAACCCUGCAACCCAGAGCCCAAAGUCAGCCAGUCAAGUCUCCUGUGGUUCAUGCAAGAAGACGUUCAACUCAGGGAAUGCACUUGAGUCUCACAACAAGGCCAAGCACGCUGCUGCCAAGUGAAGUGGUUUCUUAGAGAGCUUAUCAACCAAAUUACUCUGUUUUGGGUUUCUGAGUAGGAUCAUUAUGAUAUCUUUGGAAUUUUGCUUCUAGUCUUUAUGAAACCUUCGGAUUUUCUUAUCCUUUUUUUGGAUAACAAGUUUUGAUUAAAGAAAGCCAGUUGAAAUCUAA